CGGUUGUACUCAUUGGUCCCUUCGCGGCUUUCUUGGUUGCCUUUUUUUCUGAGUGUAUGUAGCUUUAAAUUAUCUUUGACUUAGAACCCAGCUGCCUUUUAAGUUAACUUUCGACUCUUUUGUUUUUAUUGUGAAUUGGUGAUUGUAUUUGUCGGCCUGAAGAUGGGUGGCUGCGGUUCAGCUUUUGAAGAAUGUAACAGCUCCACAUGUGCAGGGCAUAGUGUGGACGUCGUGCAUUUCAAGCUGGAAACAACCAUCCCCGGGCGGCUUUAUGGGGGAAAUGCUGUCGACAAUGCAAACUUCACAGGCGAUGAUAGAUUCGGCCACCUCAGCGACUCCUAUGGUUACAAUCCGCGGUGCAGGUUUCUCGACGGAACAAGCAGACACCCCGCUCUCGCGGAGUUUCGACCAAAGGAUGCUCCAUUUGGGUUGGUGGGAGCGCAUGGGGACUACAUCUUCGAGUUCUCAAGACCACUUCGCACCUCUGACAGGCUUCUGCAGGAUGCUCAGCUUUCAAUCGGCCAACGACAUCUGUUCAGCGCUGCAAUCUGGUACCCGACAGGCGAUGGCCGAAGCCCCUGGACGGCGGAAGGUCAUUAUGUCCCUAGUUGUAACUGGAUGAUCCUAGAGUUGUGGCAGGGGCAGGAGCCACUGGGGGGGUGGCUUACGGAUUCCCAAGCGAGUAUCGAAGAGACAUCGUCAAAAUGGUUAGCGGUUUUGUCGCUUCUGUUCGCCCUUGUUGCAGUGGGCGUGUCCAUCGCAGUGGGAAGCUACGUUCAGAAACACUCUCGCCAUUUUCAACAUGUUAACCCGAACAACUUGUGAUAAUUAACUCUCUUUAAUAAUUUAAUUAUCUUAUUUUUACAGUUAUUAUGUAUGGGGAGAAUAGAUUACGAAUCAAUAAUUAUUUUGACU